AUGCAGGAGCUGACAGCUCCAUUGGUGACUACUGUGGCUGUGAAACCAGGAGAAAGCCAAGAGGAGGACCUAAGUACUGAGGAAACGUUUCUAGAAAACAGACAGGAUGGUGUGUCAAGAAGACUAAUUCCACCCGCUAGGAUGAUGUCCACAGAAAGUGCAAACAGUUUCACGCUAAUUGGAGAAGCAUCUGAUGGAGGAACAAUGGAGAAUCUAAGCAGAAGACUCAAGGUGACUGGCGAUCUGUUUGAUAUCAUGUCUGGACAGACGGAUGUGGAUCACCCUCUUUGUGAGGACUGUACAGACACCCUUCUGGAUCAACUUGAUACUCAGCUGAAUAUAACAGAGAACGAGUGUCAGAACUACAAACGGUGCCUGGAGAUCCUGGAGAGCAUGAAUGAGGAUGAUAAAGAGAAACUGGAAGCCAUGUUGAAGGAGUUAGCUGAAGAUGAGGAAAGACUGAUUCAGGAAUUAGAAGAAGUGGAGAAAAAUCGAGAACAGAUGGCUCAAGACAUAGAGAAAGUCAGACAAGAAGCAGAGAGGCUGGAGCAAGAAGAGGCUCAGUAUCAGAAGGAAUACAGCGAGUUCAAACGUCAACAGCUGGAGUUGGAUGAUGAACUGAAAAGCGUGGACAACCAGAUGAGAUAUGCGCAAUUCCAGCUGGACAAACUAAAAAAAACCAACGUCUUUAAUGCCACCUUCCAUAUAUGGCAUAGCGGUCAGUUCGGUACCAUCAACAACUUCCGCCUGGGGCCGUCUUCCCAGUGUUCCAGUGGAGUGGAAUGAGAUUAAUGCAGCUUGGGGCCAAACAGUUCUGUUGCUGCAUGCCCUCGCCAACAAGAUGGGGCUCGAGUUCCAAAGAUACCGUCUUGUACCUUUUGGAAAUCAUUCUUAUCUGGAAUCUCUCACAGAUAAAUCUAAGCUUCCACUUUACUGUUCAGGAGGUUUAAGAUUUUUCUGGGACAACAAAUUUGACCAUGCGAUGGUGGCUUUUCUGGACUGUGUGCAGCAGUUUAAGGAAGAAGUGGAAAGAGGGGACACUGGUUUCUGUCUGCCAUACCGGAUGGAUGUUGAGAAGGGCAAAAUUGAAGACACCGGUUGCAGCGGCGGAUCCUAUUCUAUUAAGACACAAUUCAACUCUGAGGAGCAGUGGACCAAGGCCCUGAAGUUCAUGCUGACCAACCUGAAGUGGGGAUUGGCAUGGGUCUCCUCACAGUUCUACAACAAGUGA